GAAAGAUGCAUCUCAUAGCCACAUUCGUUCUCUUAGCUUCAUUCACCCUUUUGGGUGCCCAUGCAGAAUUAUUAGCUGUGAUACAGAUUUUUAGGCAUGGUCAACGUACACCGGUAUCUUUUUAUCCCAACGAUCCAUAUCAAGAUUCAUCAUAUUGGGGAGGACUAGCUGCCGGACAACUAACUAAUGAAGGAAAAAGACAGCAUAUGAAACUAGGUCAAUUCACAAGAAGUAGAUACUCAAAUUUCAUACCUAAAAAGUAUGACCCGUCCUUUUUUUAUGCACAGACCACAGAUGUAGAUCGUACGCACAUGUCUGCACAAAGUAAUCUUUACGGUUUAUUUCCUGUGUCAACAGGAGACCAACAGUGGCAAAACAAGAUAAAUUGGCAACCCAUACCUGUUCACCCUGCUAAUAAUGCUAUUGUUUCCUCCUCAUUAUUUCCAGAGAAUUGUCCAGCUUACACUAAAGAAUUAUCAAGUGUGUUAAAUAGCCAAGAGUUUGCAACAUACGACUUAGAAAAUUCUGAAUUAUAUAAAUACUUAACGAGUAAUAGUGGAAGUAAUGUAACGGGCAUGUCAGACGUACAUGGUAUAUGGGAUCCUUUAAAAGGAGAAGAUUCUGUUGCAUUCGGUUUACCAACUUGGACUAAAUCUGUAUAUCCCGAGCCUCUUCGAACAUUGGCCGGAAAAUUUUUUGAAGUAUUUACACACACAACUACAAUGAAAAGAUUAGUUAUUGGCCCAUUUUUAAAUGAAGUUGUGACUUACUUGGAAUCAAUGGCAGCUGAUCCAAGCUCUUCCUAUAAGUUUAAAAUGUACAGUGCACACGAUGCAAAUGUAGCAUCAAUUUUAAAUGCAUUUGGUGCGUUUAGUCCCAGCUUUCCUCCAGCAUUUGCAUCCACAAUUUAUAUAGAACUACAUAAAGAAAACUGGAAGAACGUAGUUAAAGUGUUUAAUAAAGACGGGGACAAUAUCAAACAGAUUAGCGUUAAUGGAUGUGAAUUAAGUUGUCCAUUAUCUAGCUUUAGACAAUAUUUAAGUGAUCUAAUUGUUAAUGCUGAUACCAGGGAUACGGAAUGCAGUAAUUCUGGGGAAACUAAACUUUUAUUAGGGAGUGCAGCUACAAAUAAUAAAUAUUCUGCAGAAGAACUUGAUCAAAAAUUUGCAGGUGUUUCAACAUAAAAAUGUAAAUAUAUUUUAUCCAUUUUAACUAAAGUGUGCAUAAAAUAUAUAUUAAAACUAAUAAACUUGUUAUGAGACCUAUACC